AUGUCCACCGAUGUCAAGAAUCAGGAUAAAAUCAACGUUGCUGACUCCCAUUCGGAGGGAACUCAUGACGCGCUGGAAAAGGACGGGUUGUGGAGACGGAUUCUCAAUGCGCUCGAAGUCCACAAGACCUCUCGCCACGAAAGUAUCAAGGAGACGUUUCUGUUCAACCACGAUUUACAGCCGGUGGAGACGGAGCGUCGUUUGUGGUCGUGGUUCAACUUUGUGUACUUUUGGAUUGCUGACUGCUUCAACAUCAACACCUGGCAAGUCGCCGCAACCGGUUUGCAAUUGGGCCUCACCUGGUGGGAAACGUGGAUCACAGUCUGGAUCGGAUAUACCAUCGUGGCUGUGUUUGUCGUUUCGGUGGCCAGAAUUGGCUCGGUGUAUCACAUAUCAUUCCCCAUUGCUGCCAGGGCCUCCUUCGGUAUAUUCUUCUCCCUGUGGCCUGUUUUGAACCGUGUGGUCAUGGCUAUCGUCUGGUACUCGGUGCAAACCUGGAUUGCUCUGUCUCCGGUUUCCUUAAUGCUCAAAUGCAUAUUCGGUUACAAUUUGCCAGAACGGAUUCCUGACCACAUGGGAACGCCCAACGCUACAACUUAUCAAUUCAUGUGCUUCUUCAUUUUCUGGGUUGUCGAACUGCCCUUCGUCUACGUCCACCCCCAUCAAAUCCGCCAUCUAUUUACGGUCAAGGCCUGCUUGGUUCCAUUUGCUGCUUUUGGCUUCUUGAUAUGGGCUCUCUUGAAGUCCCAUGGUCGUAUUGCUCUCGAUACCUUGGUUCAAGGGCCCUCCUUGAGUUCAAGCGAUCGUGGGUGGGCUUGGAUUCAAAGCAUUCUCGCAUGCAUAGGUAAUUUCGCGACGUUAAUUGUCAAUGCUCCAGAUUUUUCUCGUUUUUCUAAGACUAAAAACUCGGCAACUUAUUCCCAGGCCCUCUCCAUCCCAUUUUUCUUUUCUAUCACCUCCCUAAUUGGUAUCAUCGUCACUGCUGCUGCUUACAAGGUCUACCAAGUUAACUACUGGUCGCCUUUGGAUGUACUUGACAGUUUCUUGGGUGAUGGACAAACCAAAGGGGAACGGGCAGGUGUUUUCCUGAUUUCCUUUGUGUUUGCACUGGCUCAGCUGGGUACCAACAUUAGUGCAAACUCUUUAUCGGCUGGUACUGACAUGACGGCACUUUUACCCAAAUUUAUCAACAUCAGACGCGGUGGUUUCAUUUGUGCUGCUCUGGCACUAUGCAUUUGCCCUUGGAAUUUGAUGUCCAGCUCGAGCAAGUUCACAUCAGCCUUGAGUGCUUAUGCCAUCUUUUUGAGUUGUAUCGCCGCUGUGAUGGUUGCCGACUACUACGUCGUACGGAGAGGCCAACUGAACUUGCAACACCUGUAUUGUGCUGAAAAAGACAUUUCCAUCUAUAUGUAUGGUAACAGGUUUGGUGUCAACUGGCGAGCUUUGAUUGCUUAUCUCUGCGGUCUAGUUCCAAAUAUGCCUGGGUUUGUUGGGACCGUUGGCGAUAAUAUCUAUGUUCCUAUGGGAGCUAUCAAACUCUAUUAUUUGAACUACCUGAUAGGCUUUCUUGUGUCUUUCCUGAUCUACUGCGCGCUCACUUACUUCUUCCCAGUUCCCGGAGCCCCAGUCACAAACAUCUUAGAAAAAAGCGAGUGGAUGGAAUCUGCGCCAGACGUGGAUUUCUUUCGCGAGGAAAGAGAUGCGUUCCUUGGUGACAUGCAGCUUGGAGUUGUAUCAUCCAGAAUCAAUGAGGGAAACGACGACGCUGCUGCGGCGUUCGUGGUCAGGAGUCGCGACACUAUAUCUCGCAAGCUAGAAUAA